CACCACCCAGAUUGAGGCGAGUCACUACGCCACAACGAGGACCUAGAGUGCAUUGGGUAUUGGGCAUGCCAAAAUUGGGGAGAAAAUCCAUUAAAAAAAAAACAAAAAAACAAAAAACAAAGCCGAGCUGCUAGAAUUUUUGUGCCAGGAGUGGCAUAAAGUCACCCAACAGCAAUGUGAAAGACUGGUAGAGAGCAUGCCAAUACACAUGAAAGCUGUGAUUGAAAAUCAGGGUUAUUCCAGCAAAUAUUGAUUUCUGAACUCUUUCUAAGUUAAAACAUUAGUGUUGUGUUGUUUAAAAAUGAAUAUUAACUUGUUUUCUUUUCAUUAUUUGAGGUCUGAAGACACUGCAUCUUUUUUGUUAUUUUGACCAGUUGUCAUUUUUCUGCAAAUAAAUGCUCUAAAUUACAAUAUUUUUAUUUAGAAUUUGGGAGAAAUGUUGUUCAUUUUACUCAAAAGACAUACCUAUAAAUUAGGGAAGUUCCGAUACCAUUUUUUUAGGAGUAUGAGUACCGCUACUUUUUUUUUUUAGUACUCACCGAUGCAGAGUCCAAUACCUGUUUUUUUUCUGAAUGCCAUAAACAAUUUAUUACAAUUUUAUUAUCAAACUUGUUUAAAUAAAUAAAUUAAAACUUUAAUCAAAGUAUAACAGUUAAUUUUCAAGUGAUUUUAUACAGAACCUCACAGCACAAUCAAAAAAUUGUGCUGUAGUUAUUUUUGUCAAAUAAAGCGCUGGAUAACAGAGCAUCACAGAUGUGAGAUAUUGCUUAAAUAUAACAGUUACUAUUGAUUUAUUAGUAUUAUUAUUCGUAGUAUAACGGUGAAUAUUACAUAACUAAACUCAGCAAAAAAAGAAAUGUCCUCUCACUUUCAACUGCUUUUAUUUUUCAGCAAACUUAAUAUGUGUAAAUAUUUGUAUGAACAUAAAAAGGUUCAACAACUAAGACAUAAACUGAACAAGUUUCACAGACAUGUGACUAACAGAAAUGGAAUAAUGUGUCCCUGAACAAAGGGGGGAUCUAAAUCAAAAGUAACAGUCAGUAUCUGGUGUGGCCACCAGCUGCAUUAAGUACUACAGUGCAUCUCCUCAUGGACUGCACCAGAUUUGCCAGUUCUUGCUUUGAGAUGUUACCCCACUCUUCCACCAAGGCACUUGCAAAAUCCCGGACAUUUCUGGGGGGAAUGGCCCUAGCCCUCACCCUCUGAUCCAACGGGUCCCAGACGUGCUCAAUGGGAUUGAGAUCCGGGCUCUUCACUGGCCAUGGCAGAACACUGACAUUCCUGUCAUGCAGGAAAUCAUGCACAGAAGGGGCAAUAUGGCUGGUAGCAUUGUCAUGCUGGAGGGUCAUGUCAGGAUGAGCCUGCAGGAAGGGUACCACAUGAGGGAGGAGGAUGUCUUCCCUGAAACACACAGCGUUGAGACUGCCUGCAAUGACAACAAGUUCAGUCCGAUAAUGCUGUGACACACCGCCCCAGACCAUGACGGACCCUCCACCUCCAAAUCGAUCCCACUCCAGAGUACAGGCCUCGGUUAUCGUUUAUCGUCGCAUUCCUUCGACGAUAAACGCGAGUCCGACCAUCACCCCUGGUGAGACAAAACCGUGACUCGUCAGUGAAGAGCACUUUUUGCCAGUCCUCUCUGGUCCAGCGAAGGUGGGUUUGUGCCCAUAGGUGACGUUGUUGCCGGUGAUGUAUGGUAAAGACCUGCCUUACAACAGGCCUACAAGCCUUCAGUCCAUUCUCUCUCAGCCUACUGCAGACUGUCUGAGCACUGAUGGAGGGAUUGUGCAUUCCUGGUGUAACUCAGGCAGUUGUUGUUGCCAUCCUGUACCUGUACCGCAGGUGUGAUAUUUGGAUGUACCGAUCAUGUGCAGGUGUUGUUACACAUGGUCUGCCACUGCGAGGAUGAUCAGCUGUCCUUCCUGUCUCCCUGUAGCGCUGUCUUAGGCGUCCCACAGUACGGACAUUGCAAUUUAUUGCCCUGGCCACAUCUGCAGUCCUCAUGCCUCCAUGCAGCAUGCCUAAGGCACGUUCACGCAGAUGAGAAGGGACCCUGGGCAUCUUUCUUUUGGUGUUUUUCAGAGUCAGUAGAAAGGUCUCUUUAGUGUCCUAAGUUUUUAUAACUGUGACCUUAAUUGCCUACCGUCUGUAAGCUGUUAGUGUCUUAACGACCGUUCCACAGGUGCAUGUUCAUUAAUUGUUUAUGGUUCAUUGAACAAGCAUGGAAAACAUUGUUUAAACUCUUUACAAUAAAGAUCUUUAAAGUUUUUACAAAAUUAUCUUUAAAAUACAGUGUCUGGAAGAAGGGACGUUUCUUUUUUUGCUGAGUUGAUAUAGUAGCGAUCUAUUUCUUUCAUACUUUUAUCAUUCAAAUUGAGGUUUUAUUGUGGCGGAUCUUUUAUUUUGAAGUGCUUCUGUGUUGUUAGACCAAGGAGCUCUGACGUAAUGAUGGCAGAUUCGAAAUCUGGAAAAACAGGUUGCUACGUGAAUCAGUAAUUAUUAAACGGUAAAAGGCUACUAAAUAAAUAAAUAUGUAGUCUGUAUAUGACUUGUGCUAAAAAAGUGAAUUAGCUCUCUGCCUGCUGUUAUCUGCUACAAACAGAACAUGAGAUGCUUAUAACAGUGUUUUCCGUGUAUGAGUCAAGGAUCUCUAUAGGUAUGAGCAGUUUGUGUCUCUAUGCCUGCACAACACCGGCUCCACACAUUCACAAGCACUCACAUUUAAAACGCUGCACGUGCAAACUAUCUAUUUAUGUCAUUAAAUCACAGCUUUUGCAGUACAAUAAUCUCACUGUCACAGUCUGUCUCCAUGUUAAGGACUCUUAUUUUGAAGUUUUCCUCCAGACUACAUCUCCCAGAAUCCACUGCCCUCAUCACUUCCAUCUGUUCCCUAUCAUCCUCACCUGUAUUCCAUUCCCUCAUUUAGUUCCUUAAGUAUAAAUACCCUCUAGUUUUGUUCAUCCAUUGUCAGUCCUUGAAGUGUUAUGUUGUGUUAUAUUUUGCUUUAUUGUUUUGUUCCACUCCAGCGUUUGUUAUUAAAAGACUUAAAGUAUCUACUCCUGCGUCUCCUCUCUUCCUCUUCCACUCCAAGAACCAGCGAUACAGAAGGACUGACCUAACUAAAUGGAUCUACCGCCUGCAGUAGCAAUCCUCCUCCUCGAACAAGGAGAUCGUCCAGUUGAGGAUCAUGUGCGUGAGUUUCUCCAUCUCGCACAUUUGGUGCACUAUGAUGACCACACUCUGGCGAGUUUCUUCAGGGCUGGCCUGAAUAGUGCAUUGAAGGAGCUGAUGCCUCCGUCGGGUCCUCACUGGACGAUCGCUGACUACGUGGAGGUGGCUCUGCGGCUCACCUUUCACUUUGGGUAAGGAGGAUGAGGACUUUGAAUCUCCUCCCACAGAGGACGCCCUCCAGCCUACAACAGCUCCUCCCUCGAAGCCUUCCACGGUUCCUCCCCCAAUGUCUGCCACGGUCAACGAGCCAGUGCUCACACCUGCCACGGUCAACGAGCCAGCACCAGUGCCUUGACCGUCCCAGUGCCAAUGCCUGUUGCCUUGACCGCCCCUGAGCCAGCUCUCACCAAGUUAAUAGACCUGGACUUUCUCCCAGCCCUGGUUCCCACCCUGACUACCCUUCAUCCUCCGCUGGUUCCAGCCAGCAUAAUGGACACCCUUGUUCCGUCCAGUGCCCUGUCCCUUCCUCCUCCGCUGGCUCAAAUCAUGAUAUUUGCUCCUACCAAGUCACCGGCUCGACCUUCGCUCCCUGCGAAACCAUGGUCAAGGGGAACCUCAAACCCUCCGACUCCGCCUAGACCCUCCGAGCCCUGGACUCCGCCUUGGCCCUUCGUUCCCUCUGUCCCACCUCGGCUUUAUGUCCCUUUGUCUCCACCAUGGUCCUUCAGCCAAUCGGCUUCUCCGGGGUCCCUCGUCCCUCCAGCUCUGCCUUGGUCAGUCAGUCACCUGGCUCCGCCUCUGACCUCAGAUCCCCCAGCUCCGCCUCUGACCUCAGAUCCCCCAGCUCCGCCUCGGUCCUCUGUGCCUUCGGUGCUACCUCGGUCCUCCAAACCUUCGGCUCCACCCUGGCCCUACGAGCCGUUGGCUACUCUCCAGGCACCAAGUUCCCUGGCUCCGCCCCUCAAACCUCUCAUGGACCCCACCUUCCAUGGUUCUGCCCCUCGAGCCUCUCAUGGCUCUGCCUUCCCUGGCUCUGCCUUCCCUGGCUCCGCCCGCUUACCCAGAGAGUCUCCUCCUCCGGCGUUUCCACCUCCUGACCCAGUCCUCGUCCUGUGGCUGCCUCCCAGGCCUUCUGACCCAGUCCCUACCCUGUGGCCUCCUCCCAGGCCUCCUGACUCAGUCCCUGCCCUGUGGCCGCCUCCCAGGCCUCCUGACCCAGUCCAUGCCCUGUGGCCUCCUCCCAGGCCUUCUGACCCAGUCCCUGCCCUGUGGCCUCCUCCCAGGCCUCCUGACUCAGUCCCUGUCCUGUGGCCGCCUCCCAGGCCUCCUGACCCAGUCCCUGCCCUGUGGCUGCCCCCCAGGCCCCUGGAUCCAUUCCCAGCCCCGAAGCCACCCCCCAGGCCUCCUGAUCGUCCUCCUUGGAUCUUUCUUCACCUUCUGUGUCACCCUACCCUCCUCAUCCGUCUUUGGGCACCAGGAGUCGCCCUUUAAAGGGGGGUAGGUAAUGUCACAGUCUGUCUCCAUGUUCUUCAAGGACUCUUAUUUUGAAGUUUUCCUCUGGACUACAUCUCCCGGAAUCCACUGCCCUCAUCACUUCCAUCUGUUCCCUAUCAUUCUCACCUGUAUUCCAUUCCCUCAUUUAGUUCCUUGUUUAUAAAUACCCUCUAGUUUUGUUCAUCCAUUGUCAGUCCUUGAAGUGUUACGUUGUGUUAUAAUGUUCAGCUUUAUUGUUUUGUUCCACUCCAGCAUUUGUUAUUAAAAGACUUAAGUAUCUACUCCUGCAUCUCUCCUCUUCCACUCCAAAAACCCAGCAUUACACUCACUAGGACAUGUCAGAUUUUGGUAUCAGAGCAUUUUUAUGAGUUCCAGUACAAGAGCGCGUAUCGGACCCACUUCCGAUACCAGUAUCAGUGCAUCCCUACUAUAAAUAGUAAAUCCAGAGUAACUGAUAAUUUUGCAGUGGUCUUUUUUCCCAGAGCUGUAUAUAUAUAUUAAAUAUUAUGGCUAAUUUCAUGAUGCUUUCAGCUACCAAUUAGAGUGUAGUACUCUCAGCUCCAUAUAAACCAUUUUCCUAUGUUAAAAUCCUUUCUGCAGAAUUUCCAGAAAAAUAAUCACAGAAAAUGCAAAAGACAGCAGAUUCCGCUUGGGUCAGUGGAAUGCAACGAUUGGUCAAUCCGAAUCAUGUAUUCCAGAGAGCUGCGUAACAAAAGGGUAUUAAAAGAUACUAAUAAAACUCAUUAGCUUUUUCUUUAUAAUAAAGGCAUGCCCUGGCUUUAAUUCAUUUCCCAUAUAUUUCAGAUAAUCUAGGACAAUCGCAACAAGUAAAUAUAUUUUUCUGCCAUUAAUCUUUUCCAAGAAUUCACAGAAGUUACUUUCAUAAUAUAAUAAAUGUAAAAUACAAUGUUUAUUAGUCCUAGAUAGUCAUUUCUGUCUACAUAAUCACAUUAAUUUGUCUUCUUUUGCCAUCACAGAGCAUGCAGAGAUAAAAGUCAUCAUGGCGUUAAAAGCAGCUAAGCUGUUUAGUGUUCGUCUAUCUUUAAAAGGGUCAUGGCAUGAUGAAUCACAUUUUCCUUGAUCUUUUGACAUAUAGUAGGUCAUUGCCUACUAAUCCCCAAUAUGGGAUUUUUGAGACCGAUACCGAUUUUAGAGAGGGACAAUUCACCGAUUACCGAUAUGGUGGCCGAUAUAUUAAAUUUUUGAGCUGGAAUGAAAACCGAUUUUGCACCGAUAUGAUUAUGCAAAGGUACUCAGAAGGCUGAUUUCUUAAAUAUUAUCAAAGAAUAUUUGACAUUAUUAUUAUACAUUGUCAACAAAUUCUAGAAAUGAACACUGAGAAAAUAAAGAAUAAAUAAAAAUACAAUUAAUAGCUAAAUAAACAUCAGUACUGUUUAGUAACAGUCAAAUGCUGACCAUUAAAAUAAAGAAUAAAUAAAAAUAAAAUAAAUAGCUAAAUAAACAUCAGUAUUACUGUUUAGUAUCAGUCAAAUGCUGACUAUAUUAUUACUGCUGAGUCAAGAGAUAAACAGUGGCGUUACACUGUAUUCUGCUAUACGAAUUCAGGGGAAACUUUCAACGGUGGAAAACCAGACUUUUAAAUAUUACAUUUUAUAAAUGACACGACUGGAAUUGUUCGGUUGAAGGGGGUACCAAACUGUGAAUCCAGAACAAAACAGUGAAUACAUGUUUACUCAUUAGCUUCCACUCAGCUGACAACAAUAGCCUAGUUUCCAUCCACUUUUCGCGCUAUUUUGUUAUCGACAAAGUGAAAAUGCAUAAAUCAUUUUUUGCGAAAUUUGCCGUCUUCUGCCUGUUUUCAUUCAAAUGGCCUUUUAUCGAUAAAAAUGACUGUGCGUGAUGACGUCAUACCUAAAAAAAAACACUUUGUCGCAUAAGUUUUGGUUUAUCACAAAAAAUAUCUGCCCUUAAGCCGUCCCUAAUUUUUUUCCUCUGAAGUUUUGGUAAAAUGGGGAGAAUAUUGAGACAAUUCAUUGAAAUUAACCAGCUAACUGUCAUUUUAAUUUCACAAAUAAAAGCAAUCAGAAGACGAGGAAUUGCAAUCAAAAGGGCACAGUUGCCCUUCUGAUAGGAAUGUAAUAUUGGUCCUGAUGUUGUGCCUAUCGCAGGUUGCCACCGGUUCUGACCCGAAAGUGAAUCAUCAUGGCCCUGUUCAAGCUGGCAACCUGCACCAAGUAGUGGGGAAAAUUUCGGUCUUAGUAUAAGGACAAUCCAUCCAUGUGUAUGCUGUGUGCACAGCUAUUAAAGAAAAACUGAUGCAGUGUAAUAUCAGGGUUUACAUAUGAUAUGCUCCUGAUAUUCAAUAGGCUGUUUUGAACAAUCAUCUAAAGCAUUGCCAUCUCAACUGCAUUAUGUCCCACAUAUUUGUCCUACAACUUUUAAUGACCAACUGAACUUGAUUGUCAUCUAAAAUUAAUUUUAGCAUCAUAAUGCAAUUUAAAUUUUCUGAAGCUCAGCAAAUGCGAUCUGAGGUAAAGAGGGUUAGAUUUAAAAUGUUUAAAAGUUUUAAAAGGUUCAAAAACUCAUUUUCUGAAAGUGAACUCAGCAUCAUACAAAUAGUUCUGAUAGUUUAUAGUCUUGAAGCGUAGAAAAUGUCAUUCAGCCGACUUUAUUUGUCUACAGAACAGGGUACGGCUAAUUUAAGUUUGUGUAAAGAAAAAGCAUAUAUAGGUCUAAAAAUAUACAUUUUUUCGUUUGGUAAUUACUUUUUUAAUUUAAUGCAUUUUUCGUUUGGUAAUUUAUAUAAUUUAAUACAGGGAAUUUUGCCGGCAUUUUUUCAAAAGUAAGCUAAAAAAUAAUUUUAUAUAAUUGGGCUGUUAGUGUUCCAAAAAAGCACACUGAAGCUUUUCUCCUAGUAUUGUGUAUUUAUUUUUAAUUUAAAACAUCUUUGUGCACAGAAAUUAUAUGUUUUUUGUAUUGUGGGCUAAUUCCAUGACUGCCUUAUAUUAUUUUGAAUGGUGUGUAAAAGCAACUUCAAUAAAUAAACGGAUGUCUACCGUGAUUAAAUUAAUCACAAAGAGUGGCCAUUCAUUUGUUCUCCGUGCAUUUACCAAUGUACAUGUCUUGAUAUGAGAUAUUUGUGUUGGCACUCCUGGAAGUGUCAUGUUUGCAGUGAUCGGAUCUUUAUGCCGUUCAGAUCAAUCCAUAAUCACGUACAAUAAAUUGGCUUUUAUGGAUGUAUACCUUGUCGUCAUGAUUAACACAGGCUAACGAUUGAGGUAAAUUCUGUCAUGUGACACCUCAUUUUUGCGUUAAUCAGUGGCGGAGCUAGGGAGUGGCCACCAUGGACCGAAGCUUGGCCACCCCACCAAUCUCCACUUAACAUGUGCGCACCAUUACCACCCGCCGAUGAUACGAAAAUGCUGCCAAAAAUUUCUGUGCCACCACAGACUGAUCGCUGGCCCCUGCCCGGCCACCCCUGUGAAAAACACCUUGCUCCACCCCUGGCGUUAAUGCCAAUUUUCUCGAAAAAAAAGUGUUUCUAAACCAGUUUUUCAAGACAUCUGAUGUAUCGACAGAGCUUAUGCGCUAGAGUUAAACAGAAAAAUAUUAUGUCGACACGUGAAAUUUUAGCGAUAAUUUGCGUUUCCAUUAGCUUUAUUUUGAUGCGCUAAAUCUUUUUUCGCAAAAAAUCCUUAGAUGGAAACAUAGUUACUGAAAGUUGCUACGUGAUUAGCUAGUUAGCUAUAAGCUCGUUGUCACGGAGAUUAAAAGACGGACGCUGUUUUACUUUCCAGCAUUGUCUCACCAACUACAUAACAACAUAGUAUGAAAUCAACACUCAUCAGACACAAUCCACCACCGCACUGUUGUCUGCUGAGCUGCAAAAAGAUGCUCUGAUGUUUACCGUACAAUCUACUACAUUACUGACUGCACUGACAAACUAUAGCUGGCUAACAGCAAACAGACAUGAGUGACAUGGUUGUCAGGGACAAGGUUAAUGUUAUAUUAGUUAUAUUGAAAAGGGAAAAUGAUGGGGUCAUUGUUUAUUAAGUUUCCAGUAUGUAUUUCACAAACUAGUUAACUUACCAAGACACCGCUUAACUCUGCCCUGUCUGCAGAGCCACCAUCAGCUCAGUCAGCUCUGUAAACAAUGGAGUCGGAGUGCGCUCUGCUGGACAAACUACGCUAUGACACCAAUUCUAAAGCACUGUUUUCUGCAUUAUAUGUUCUGAAAAAAUGUUUUCAUAUCGGCGCAUAUCGGUAAAAUAUACGCCAAUACCGAUAUAUCGGUGAAAGGCUAAUAUCGGCCGAUAAUAUCGGUCGGGCACUAAAAAACAUACUGUAAGUUUCAGAACUCAAAACUUCCUCACCACUGCAAAAAGAGCAUUUGUUGAAACCAAGCUGCCAAAACGACUCGUUCUCUACUUCCUCCACAUUGUGAUGUCACUCUAUAGUAGACAUUUGCAUCUGACCGCCUCUAAAACAACACAAAAAUGCCUACUUUCCCUUUAAUCACUUCCGUAGCCCCGCCCAGUAGCUGAGAACAGUGAGACGACAAUGAAACAGCAGAUCAGUCAAGAGCAGAGAGCCAAUUAUAACAGUGGGCGUGUACUGUCUUAACAGAAAAGCAGCAACAAAACCCAACGCUUCUGACAGAGGGUCAGAAUGAGGGUGGAAAACUAUCAUGUUUUACAAAUUUAUGACUGUUUCUUGUGCAAACAAUAUUAUAAGUGAACCUCAAGGAACAUAUUAGAAUAAUAAAAAAAGGCACGACAUGACCCCUUAAAAAUGUAUUGGUCUGAUUCCAAAUUUUAGCAUAAGUUUUCAUUUUCAGUGUUUUUAUCCAUUUAACAGCGUCACUACUACUCUAGGGCUAUGCAUGUUGUGAGAAGAAUCUCCCAUUCACCACAGUGUUUUACAACAGUAACGCCCCUAAGAUUGCAUAAUUCAGUAAAAAAUUGACUGAAGAAAUGUGUUAUCAACUUAUACCAUCAAUAUUUCUCCAAAACGAAAAUGCAUUUAAAACUUAAGUUGCUAUGCUGUUCUCUAUGUUUGUAGCACAUUAAUAUGCAGUUGCCAGAGUGGGUGGUUGCUAUGCUGUUGCAAGGCUGUUCUAGGUGGUUGCCAGGUUGUUGCUAUGCCUUUGCCAAGUUGUUCUCUGUGUUUUUAAGACAUUGCUAUCCAGUUGCUAGGGUGGGUAUUUGCAUGGUGUUUGCUUACUGGCCCAAAUGAAAAGAGUCCACCCACAAUUCUCAGUUUUUUUGGUCACUAAAUACUGCUCCGGUCUGUCCUUCCAAUUGUUCCAAUUUGUUAUGGACUGUUUUUUUCUUCUUCAUAUCAACCAUAUGUCAAAUCCACCUCUGUUCAACACAUAACCAAUAUAAAACUAUUUCAGUUAUGUUGUGGUUUAUGCUGCAUUCAAGUCCUCCAGGGUAAGUUUGUACUUACAAUGUCAGAAGUUGUAAUCGCGACAUAAUGUGCGUUCAAGUGAUUUCAGUAGGAAAGAAUAGGCCCGUUUUGCAAUUUCGUAUUUUUUUUCCUCUCUUUAUGACUUUUUUCCCUUUUCUUCUUUAACACCAAUGCAACAAAUUAAAGACUAUUCACAUAGUUUAAUGCUUUUAAUUGAUGCUUUAUCUAUCUUACUAACACAUAUAUUGAUGGUAAAUGCUGUUUUGUUGCACAAGCCUGUCACCUCAUAAACCAGCUAAAUUAGUUUUAUUUUCGGGCAAUCUUCAUUCUUCAUGUAAUCAAUGGUACAAAAAUGCAUUCAACUCCAAGAAAAUCUCACUGGUAAUUACGACUUUAUAGUGCCGUUCAUUGCGCUAAUCUUGUAAAUACAUCAUACGUAAUCAUUCCAACAUGGCAUGAACACACUAUUAAUUCAUAUUGUUUACUUUGUUAUUUUGCACCAGAUGAGUAGUACAUGACUGAAUUGGUCAGAGCAGUUUGAGUCAACUCAUCCUAAUAUAGACUCCAGCAUGGCAAAGCCACUCAACUAAGUUGCCAUGAUGGGUAUAAUUAGCUGUACUGUAACUAAUGCGAUUUACUUGUACUUUUGAUACUUAAGUAAAUGUAAUAUCAGUUACUUUAUUACUUUUACUUAAGUAUUUGUUUCAUGAGCUACUUUAACUUAACGUAUCUUUACGUUUACUUAAGUAUGAUGAAUGGAUAAUUUAUACAACACUGCAGUGGAGCCCAUUCACAGCCUCUGAAAAGAGCAUGGUUGGCCUACAAAACAAAGGUGUGGAGACUAAAGCCCAGAGUAUACUUCGGUCAGACAUGAUUGCUGAGCUUCUGCAAACAGGAGGCAUGAUGCAAAUCUCAUCAUCAGUUGAGUGCUCGAGUACUGAACACACACAGCCCUAUUUUUCUAACCGUGCACCUUUAAACGCGCAGAAUGUGCAUGCACCUGGAGUUAUUUGCAAUAACGGGUCCACAAGGUGGCAAAACUCGCAUUUGAGCCAUUGCUGUCACAAAGAAGUGCUAGAAGUUGUAAUCGUCACUAAACAUCAGGAGAUGAAGGUAAAAACAACAACAGUGGAUGUGCAAGUCAAGAACGCGUGUGAAGGAAUAUAAAGACUCGAGUCUGAAGAAAUAUAUAAACAUCUUUUUGUGUCUAAACUCCUGAAGAGAAAUAGUCUGGUGUCUCAACAGUCAUGUAAUUUCUUGUUUUAUUUGAUAAAUUAAUAAGACACUAUGACAGAUACUUUGAAGACAAACACUUUAAGUUUCAGCAUUUCAGCACAACUUUUAUUGUGCAUUGUGAAAUAAAUAACAUGUGAUGCAUUUGUCGCAACUCUUGCUGGUUGAUUUAUAUCUGUUUAAAUUUCUAACUUUCAUCUUUGGUUAUUCUAGUGUAAAAUUUAAGGAUCUCCUUUGUAGUGUAUGAUUAAUGCUUGGAACAACAAUUUGUGAAUAUAUUUACUUAUUAUUGAUUACUCAUAAUAAUAGUGUAAUAUCAUAAUUUUCUAAUGCAUAUUUAUGUCAUGACUGUAAUUGCUCUUUAUCAACUCAUUAUCAGUUACACAUGUAGUAGCCAACUACACAUAGUAUGCAAUCCAUUAAAAGAAGUGAAUACAAAGAGGUUAAAUUUGGGAACCUACAGCUGGCGUUUGGAUGUGAACUGAAGCCAGACUGAAAGGUUGAGUUUGAAUGAUUAAGAGUUGGACAAUCACGUGAAACUGGUUGAGAUUAAGUUAUUGGUGGAAAUUCUGUUUGAUAAGCAGGAAACAUGAUUGUGAAAUGCGAAAAUCUAGCGCAGUGGUAGAUCCUGAAAUAAAUGUUAGGGCAAGCGGCGUUGCCCCUGGCACACAUCC